GCACACGCUGAACUUUAUAGCAAAAUAAGAUCAGCGCUGUCAGAAUUUCUAUAUGCCCGUUGAUCUAGUUCCACCGCACAAUUUCAUUAGUAUUUUUAUUCCGUUUCCAGAUCUUGCGGCGCGUGUGGCAAUCAAUAAUUUCAAUUAAAUAGUGCAAAAAUGGCGAAUAUUGCAAAACUUCUGGCUGGACGUGCACAACAUGUACUGCAAGUGGCAGCAAAGCAGCCGCAGCUGACACCGCGUUUCUUUGCGUCCGCCGCCAACUUGGAGUACAUCAAGCACGAAGUGACUGGUGAAAAGAAGAAUGUUGCCGUAAUCACAUUGAACCGCCCUAAAGCGCUUAAUGCUCUGUGCAAUGGUCUGAUGUCGGAACUGAGUAAAACACUGGAUACAUAUGAACGUGACGCGAAUAUUGCCGCUAUUAUUAUCACAGGUAGUGAGAAAGCAUUUGCAGCUGGCGCUGAUAUUAAAGAAAUGCAAUCGAACACCUAUUCGCAAUGUAUUAUGGGUAAUUUCUUGAACGAUUGGACACGUGUUGCACGCUGUCAGAAACCCAUUAUUGCCGCUGUAAAUGGUUAUGCCUUGGGUGGUGGCUGUGAGUUGGCUAUGAUGUGCGACAUCAUUUAUGCCGGUGAAAAGGCGAAAUUCGCUCAGCCUGAAAUUGCUUUGGGCACUAUUCCCGGCGCUGGUGGCACACAGCGUUUGACACGUGCUGUUGGCAAAUCCAAGGCUAUGGAAAUCUGUUUGACUGGCAACAUGAUCUCGGCUGUGGAGGCAGAGAAAAUGGGUUUGGUCAGCAAGGUAGUGCCCGCCGAUCAGUUGGUGAACGAAGCUAUCAAAUUGGCUGAGAAGAUCGGCACACACUCAGGCUUGAUUGUACAACUAUGCAAGGAGGCCGUUAAUACAGCGUACGAAACAACACUACAGGAAGGUUUGAAGUUCGAACGCAGAACUUUCCAUGCCACAUUCGCAACUGAGGAUCGUAAGGAAGGCAUGACUGCUUUCGUUGAGAAGCGUCCAGCUAAAUUCAGCAAUCUUUAAACUAUAAGUACUAAGUACAAAGUAAAGCAUUUGGAUUAAAUAUGGAUUCUUAUGUCUAAAUAUUCAAACCAGUUUUUGCAUUUAUAUAUAUUAUUUUUGUAUUUUAUUAUAAAUAUUUUUGCAACACAAAGCUACUGCAAUUUCUUGCAACAAUAGUAAAAAAUAUAUAUUUGGUGAAAGAACGUGUACAGUAGGAAAUAGUAAACACAUCAUGUUCUUGUUAUCUAUAAAAUAAAUAACCUUUUUAAUUAAAACA